AUGGUACCAGAUUUAAGUAUUACACGUAUUGCUGGCCUAACUUGGAACGAGUGGAAUGCUCGUUUGGCAAUGCCUCUGGUCACACAGUUACGUGAAGGUUCACACCCACUAGUUUUCCCCACCGAUCUCUCACUGAAUACAGUGGACAAAGGUAGCGGUGCUAUUGGUGGAACGACAUCACUGGAUUGCAAGUCGCCGGCUCCGGACACAUCGAGCGAAUUGAGCAGCAUUGCGGGCGGCGCUGCUCCCAACGAAGCGAACGCGUCGAAUGUCACUUUGAAUAGCAGCUCUGGCUCCAUAACGAAUGCCGCCGUGGUUGCCGAGAAACAGAACAGUGUAAAAAUGAAGCAUUUAACCGAAGAGGAAGCUGCUCUCUUGAUGUUGAAAGCAUCUGCGGAGAAGGCAAGCGCCAACAACAGUGGCAAUCUCAGUGAUACCAGCUUCCAUGAGGAUAAUACUAAUGCCGGCGGCAGUAGUCUAAUCAGUACGAGUGGCGAGUACCAUUCAGCACUAAGUGGAGCAGCUGCCUUUGCAGAUGUGGGGGGCGCCAGCGGACUUUGCAAUAUCAACAUAUUAAGCAAUAUCAGCGCCCUGAACAGCCUCAUUGGUGCCGGAGGCAAUGGAAUAGGCGGAUCGGCGGCAGCUAGUAGUGCGGGGGGUGGGUUAGGUGGCGGCGGCGGCGGCGGCGGCGGCGGCGGCAGUGGUAGUGGCCACCCCUGCCCGGACUGUGGUCGUGUAUACAAGCUAAAGUCAUCGCUGCGUAACCACCAAAAGUGGGAAUGCGGAAAGGAGCCACAAUUCCAAUGUCCAUUCUGUGUAUAUCGUGCUAAACAGAAAAUGCAUAUCGGUCGCCACAUGGAACGAAUGCACAAAGAAAAGUUCAUAAAACUGGAGGACUUAAAGAGCUUCACAGGCGGCAGUGGCGACGACAGCGGCAGUGCCCCAGCUGCAGCUCUAUCGUCCACAGCGCCCAGUGAACUGCGUCCGAAUUUUUCUUAG